UGCGCCCAAAAUCUUUGGAGCCAAGCAGCUCCCGCAAUUCGUCAAAUACGCUAAAAAUAGCCCGUAAUAAGUCUAAUUAAACUAAGUUAUAGUUCAUAGAGUGAUACAAAGUCAAUUUUAAGCUACAGCUUCUCAGUGCAAUAACGUGUUUAUGUUUACAUAAGCAAUCGGCAACAUCCAAGACAACAACAACACCAUCAAAAAUGACAAGCAAGCUACAAGAAGGCAUCCUAGUCGGAUGCGGUAAUCCGUUGCUGGAUAUAUCGGCGACCGUGCCUAUGCAUUUCCUGGAAAGAUAUGGCAUGAAAGAGGAUGAUGCCAUACUGGCCGAAGAACGACAUAUGCCCAUCUAUCGUGAACUGGCCGAGGACUAUCAGGCAGAAUAUCUGGCCGGUGGCUCGGUCCAAAAUUCAUUGCGUAUAGCCCAAUGGAUAAUUGGACAGCCCAAUGUCGCCGUCUUCUUUGGCUGUGUGGGCAAGGAUAAGUUUGCGGACAUAUUGAGGGAGAAGGCACGCGCCGCCGGUGUUGAUGCGCAUUAUCAGGUGAGCGAAGACACGCCCACGGGCACCUGUGCUGUGCUCAUCACGGGCACGCAUCGCUCUCUCUGCGCUAACCUGGCGGCAGCCAACAAAUUCACCAUCGACCAUCUGGAGGUACCGGAAAACAGGCAUCGUAUAGAGAAUGCUUUAUACUAUUAUAUUUCGGGCUUCUUUUUGACCGUUAAUCCACCCAGCAUAAUGCGUGUGGCCGCCACCGCCCAUGCCAAGCAGCGACCGUUCCUAAUGAACCUCAGCGCACCAUUCAUAUCGCAAUAUUUCAUGACACCGCUGCUGGAAGUUAUGCCCUAUGUUGAUAUCAUUUUUGGCAACGAGGCGGAGGCGCACGCCUUUGCCACUGCGCAAGGUUGGCCCGCCGACAAUGACCUGCGUGAGAUUGGCAGGCGCCUGGUCGCGCUAGAUAAACUGAAUUCGGAGCGACCACGCAUUGCCAUACUCACGCAGGGCUGUGACCCCGUGCUGCUCAUACAGCACGAUUCGGUCCAGGAGUUUCCAGUGACACGUUUGACGGUGGAUGAAAUUGUAGAUACCAAUGGCGCUGGGGAUGCAUUCGUUGGUGGUUUUCUGUCGCAGUUUGUGCAGGGCAAGUCUUUGGAUGUGUGCAUACGCUGUGGCAACUAUGCGGCGGGUCAUAUUAUCAAGAAUCCGGGCUGCACGUAUUCCGGUUCGCCGGAGUUUGUUGAAUAAUCAUCCAGAGCAAAUAUCCACCCAUACACACACAUACACACAAACUACACACACAACACAAUGAACCGACAAACCUGUAAGAGGCAUAAGCAUUGCGCAAAUAGUUUUGCAACUACUGCAAAUAAGUUCGAAAAGUGACUAAGACAAUUUUGUUAACACUAAUAAUUAUUUGUACAUAUAAUCUACACUCACACACACACACACACACAUAUAUAUACACACACAGUUGGCAACGAAGAUGUGUGUUAUGCACGGCCUUGUGGUUUAUAUACAAUGUUAGAGCAAUAUUCGAAUUUAAAUUGAUAAUAAAAUACAAAACCCACAAAAACAAUCACA